AUGGCUACCACUAAGGGGGGUCCAAAGAACGCCGGCGACAGCGGGAGGAGCAAGCGCGGCAGAUGGAGAGAAAGCCUGCGGCGAAAGAAGAAAAUCGAGGCCGAUGCUAUCGGAGACGCGGGAGAGGCUCCUCCGGCCCCGGCAGCAGUAGUUGUCGCGGGUAAACGACGAGGAAAACGGAGCGGAGGGGGCAAGAAGCGUAACGGUCGCGGCGAUGAUAGCCGCCAUAUUGUCGACAGGGCUGAUGAGACCGCGGCGGUGCCUCUGCUAGAGCUUGUGGACGAACUCGUGCGGAACGCCAUGUUCAGUCCCAUCGGCGCCCGAGAUGUCAUGAUGUCGCAGGCUCUUGCUGCGGAGUUCCCCACCGCCGCUGGUGUUCGGCCGGUCUUCGGUAGCUUGGCGAACGUGUACGAGCUGCUGCGCCGUCGGUGUCGUGAUGUGGAGUGGGACGGGGCAGCGAACGAUUCCCGAGGCGAGGACGCCGCUGCUGCGGCGAAGCGUAUCAGGGACAGCGAACGCGCCAUGCUGCCGUUCGAGGGGCGGCUGCUGGUCUUCUGGAGGGGUAAUGGCGUUGAGGAGACGAGGGGAAGGCUUCUGCUCAAGAAGCUAGACUACUUGCAGAGCAACGCCGUCGGAUGGCUUUCGCAGUCCGUAACCGAUAGCCUGAAGGCUGGCCAACAGCAAGUGGUCGGGGCCGUGGAUACCGUGGCCAGGGACCUCGCCAGACGAAAGGACAGCGUUGUCCGCAGCCUCGCGGAGGGGGCCAUCGCGUUCGGCCUCGAGCGAGACUCUUUGACGCAGUUCCUCCCGGUAUCAAACGUGACGGAGAUGGCCUUGACGAAGGAGCAGGAGGCCCUAGAUGAGGCGCUGGAGGCAUUGCGGCGCAACUCCCGACGGGGGCCCGUGAAUCUUCAGCGCUACGGCAUGCGCGAGGUUAACGUCAAGCUCGAAGAGUUCUCCGAGGGCGGGGCGUGGCCUCCAGGAGAUGACUCGUGGUUUUGGGAGCCAGAGGUGCCCGCAGCAGCGGAUACGACGGCGGCGGCGGGGCGAGAAAGCACGAAGGAUGGCGUUUUGGAUGAGGGUGCGGGGAUAGAUGAUUCUCCUAUCCCCGGAGAGGUCCCUUCCACCGUGCUCCCCAGGGUGACGCUGGCUUCCGUGCUAAGCCCUAGCAGGCUGAGCCCUUCCGGCAAGUCGACCGUCGCGGCCGCGACCACCAGCAACAACAGCAGGAACAGCAGUAACAGCCUGGGACAGAUUGGACCGGAAUCUGCACCUAGGUCGAUUGAAUCGUCGAAAUCGGCCCUGUCUCGGCUGUUGUCCAAGUGCACCGUGAAGGAGCCGACGUACGAUGAGGUGGUGGUGGUGUACUUCAAGAGGACACGACGGCCUAUCUUCAAGACACCAGCAACGUUGGCGACGCUCUUGAGGGCUGGGACAAAAAUCGGCAACAAAGUCCGCGGCGUUGAGAAGGUGGACGCCGCUCAAGACGACGCGGACGAGGUCAAGGCGGCUGGGCUAGGACUGCAACUGCGAGUGUACCGAGGAGUUCCGUUGGUGAACCUCAACUCCAUCGCGCCGGACAAGAAGGUCGAAGUCCGCCCUCAGACUGCUCUACGAUUAGAUCUAAACACCGUCGUCGGUUUGGGACUGGUGCUGGCUAACUUGCGGUUCGACUCCCCGGUGCUCGUGGCGGCGGCGACCGUGUCGGUUGUGCUGCUGGUGAUCAGGACUAUCGUCGGCUACCUUAAUGCAAGGAUCCGCGUCGAAUCGUUCGUGUCUCGCGACAUUCUCGACAAAACCAUGGGCUCCAAUGUUCCGGUGCUUAGACAUCUUGCGGAGGAGGCAGCGCAGCAAAAGUCACGGCACGUUGCCAUGGUGUACGCCUCCCUGCUGCAGUGCGCUAUCGACACCGCCCCCGAGCCAGCAGCAAGUAGUGCCACCAAGGAGUGUGAGUGGGGCGAGCUGGCCGCUGUGUCGAUUGCGGCGGUGUCUCGGCACUGCGAUACCAUGAUGAAAGCGUGCGUUGCGCUACCCUGGGAGGCCAAGCUGGAUGUGCCGUACUGGCUAAAGGAGCUGGAAAACCUCAAGAUUCUUGUUCGGCUGGACGAACCCGGGCGGGAGGGCGGAGGGGACUCGAACACUGGCAAGGACGGCUCGUGCUCGUUACCGUUGGCUCUUGAGGACCUGAGCACGACUGCUGCAUCCGCUGUAGCAGCGCCAACAGCGCCACCCCAAGCUAAGCCGCCAGGAGGAUCGGCAGUUGGUAGCUCGGCCGUCGUGUUUUACCGCCUCCUCGACCCCGAGGCAGCGGUGGAACAGCUCAAGUCAAUAUGGUCCGAACUUGUGGAACCUCCACCAGAACGAUUUAGUGAUGCGGGGAGCCGUGGCUCCGGGGAGCCAAGCACGCCGUGGCGAAGGAUUGGUGGGGCCAGCGAUUGA